AUGGACUCCGACUGCCUUUAUGUGGGCAGCACGAACCCUGACAUUGCAGGGCUUGGGGGAUGUCGCUCGUGCUUUCCAUAUGGUCGUUACUACUAUGAUGGCGAUGCGUUGAGAGCCGUUCGAAGGAUAUUGUCCAAUGUUUACCGACGAAAUGAAUCUUCGUGGGUUAUUCGGAAACGCAUCAUCGAUGACCUUCUUCUGACUAUUAGCGACACGCAAACUGUCAACGGGCUGAGCCUACUCAUUGCCGGCCUCGCUCAAUACAAAUCUUUGAGCCUGUACCACAUGCACAUCAUAUAUGAUACGGUUAACUUUACGGCAAUCUCAAUGUGCGGCGGUCUUGCAAACGUAUUUGGCCAGGACAAGAAAAGCCAAAGCUCACGUCUAUGUGUUUUCUUCACCUUUGGUGCCUUGUAUCUGGCUUUCUCGAUCAUCUUCGCUACCAAGCUGCACUCAUGGGAUCUGAGUGGGUCAAGCCAAUGCUACAGCUACCGUCUGAUCGGGGACUCAGUCUAUUAUCCCCCAUCAGGCGGCCUCAUUUACCUUGGCUGCACCUGCUGCUGGUGUCUCUGGGUCCUCAUCUGCUGCGGUUCGCUCCAGUCAUCCUCUAUAUGCAAAGGUUACCAGGAAAUUCGCAAUCGCCUGAACCCUUUCCUAAGAAUUAGGCUUGCAUUUCUUGAGAGACUUGCUGCGAGUAUCGUGCUGCUGGCCACGUUGCAGUACUCCGUACACCUGUACAUGGUCAUUGCCCUGCGCAUAUCUAAUGAGGGGAAUCUCAGCGGCGACUCUGAAAAUACCUGGGGCUUUGGGCAGAUUGUCGCCUUGUUGACGGCCUUUUCUACGCUAAUAGAAUGUGUGAGGGGAUAUUCUGAUUAUGUUGAAAAAAUCAAACAGCUCGAGGAGGUUACUGACACAGGGGAGGCUGCCGGCAUGGAGGAGGCUAGGGAGGUGAAUGCAGAGGGGCGCGCCCAACACGAGGGCCCUGCCAAUAGGACAAGUGCUGAAACUGGAUGA